AUGGCGCAAGUCCGCGACAAGCUGGCAGAGCCAUGGAAAGGCGUGAACCUAGGGGGCUGGCUUCUCCUGGAGCCUGGUCCAUCCUACCCACUCUUCACGCAGCAUCCUUUGAAGGACAAGAGUGAGGCGCGGUGCGAGUGGGACAUCAUGAAGGGCUUGAUUGCCAAGAUGGGCAAAACCGGAGCAGCCGAAGUGUUGCGAUCUCACCGGGAGACUCACAUGACUAAGGCAGACUUUCAGCGGGUGCGAAGCUGUGGUCUCAACGCUGUGCGCCUGCCAUUCGGUUACUGGGUGGUCACGGAACCCAGGCCCAGGGAGCCUUAUGUCGGUCCGGCGCUGGAGUACAUCGACCGGGCAGUCUCGUGGGCCGAGGAGUUUGAUCUCCAGAUCGUGCUUGAUUUGCACGGAUGUCCUGGCGGUGAGAGUCCGGAGGCUCCCUGCGGCCGCCGCCAGCGCCCGGAGAGUCGGUGGAACUGGAAGCAAUGGGAUUUCCAGGCCUCACUCAAGGUGCUUCAGAUCCUGGCAAAGCGUUAUGCCCAGCGCUCUUGCGUCACGGGCAUCGCGGUUUGCAACGAACCAUCGGGGGAAGUUCCAGCCAAAGCCCUUAUCUCGUAUUACUCGAAGGCUGUGGACGUCAUACGCAAGGCAGGAAUGGACGCACAGAGGGUUGCUGUGGUGCUGCCUGUGUUCCAGCGCCCAGAAGGUGAGGAGGACUUCAUCAAAAAGUGGUCCAAGUCCACCAAAGGAAGACAUCGCAACGUGUGCUUCGAUGUGCACUGCUACCACUGUUUCGAGAACCAGUUCCAUGGCAAGACUUUUGCGGAGCAGCUUCGAGCCGUGGAGGCCAACAUCGAAAUGUUCAAGCAGCACCCCAUGGUGGCAGGGGAGUGGUCCCUCAGCCUUGGCCAAGCCACCUGGUGCACCUGUGGCGAUUUGGAUGAGGACAGCGUCCUGAGCAUCUUCGGUGCUCAACAACAGGAGGCCUUCAAGAGCGCCUCUCACGGUUCCUUCUUCUGGAACUGGAAGGAGGAUCCUGACAGCAAGGAGUGGCACUUCCAGCACUCCUGCGACUCGGGGCUUCUUUCCCGGCCUCCAUUGUCGCUGCCCCCGUGGGAUCGCCAGGGUGAGGACCCUUUGGAGGAGCUGCUCCAUCCCUCCCCGGAAGACCCCGUCGUCUACUAUGGUGACACCGUUUACCUUCGUGUGUUCCAUGGUCGGUACAUCGAGGUGCAAGGAAAGACUGUGGAUUGCAAUUGGCCAGACAAAGGAAUGUGGCAGGCCUUCUCCUUCUGCGCACCUGAUGGGGACGCUGCAAAGGAGCAGGGAAGCAGGCGUCCCGUGCGACAUCGUGACAUGCUGCGGAUCCGAGCUCACAGCGGUAGCUUUCUGGCCGUACCCAGCAACGCUGCCACUGGCGCGCCCGUGACGACCACACGCAGCAAAACAUGCGCAGAAGCCGAGUUGGAGGUGUUUCUCCAGCACACCAGUGUCUUGAAGCAUCGCGGGCUUGCAUACUUCUUCAGCCGCGCGACUGCCACCACUCUCGACGCAGACGAGGACGAGUCGGGCAUCCGCGCUCGCUGGGCGGAUUUCGGAGAUUGGCAGGCCUUUGCAGUUGAGCGACCUCCGGAGCUGCAGCGCCAUGUGGCCUUGGGAAGAACGAAAGAACCGCCACGUCAAAGACAGCGAGGUCGACGUGGAUCAAAGGACAGCCAGCUUCUCAGAUGUGCGUUGCGGCUUUUCACAGCCAAAGACCUGCAAGCUGAGAUCAGUCACGAGCAGGAACAGUAUCAGCAGGCGAAGGAGAUUCAGAAGUUCCUGAAAAGCACGGACUUCAAGCUUGUUGAGACCGAGGGAGAUGUCAACAUGCAGCUGGAGCGGACAGUCGGCGACAAGCAGGUGACAAUCGAGUGGCAGCUCACGAGCCCCUUCGAUCCCACUGCGGAUGUGGAAGGUGGGGAUCAGGAUGCUGGUGCGGAGUAUGAAGCUACCGACUUCUGUAUCACCCUGGAGAGCAAGUCCAGUGGUGCGGGCGUGUCCUUCUACUGCAGCACGCAGACCGGCGAGGAUCAUCGCUAUGUCAUCGGCAACGUGAAAUCCUUUGCAAGCAAGGAGGAGAAAGAGAGCAUGAGCGCCUACAACGGCCCUGAGUUCGAAGACAUCGAUGAGAAACUGCAGGAGAGCUUGGACGAGCUGCUGGCCGAGGCGGGCAUCAGCACAGAGUUGUGCGACUUCAUUGAUGCCAUGGCUCUAGAUAAGGAGCAGCGAGAAUACAUCCGAUGGCUCAGCAACCUGAAGGAGUUCAUGGAGAAGUGA